GCCGCCCGGUGCCGCCCGGUGCCGCGGGCCGCCCCAGUGAAAGUGAACCAGUGUAUCAUUUGCAAGGUGCGCCGCUGCGGCCAGGAUAGCGAAGACAGUGUCUGGCGAGACGCCUUCCCGUCCGUGCCCAUGAGGCUUGGAUCGAUCCCGCGCCGUGGCGUUUAGGUGAACGGCGCGGAGCUGCGCGGCAUGUCCCUGGAUGAGGCGGCGGAGGCGGCCCUGCCCUGCCCGGGGCCGACGGGCGUGGUCGGCGUGGCGGCCGUCGUGACGGCGGGCACGGCGGGGGCCUCGGCCGGGACCACGGUGCCCACGCUGCUGCCCACCCUGGUGGCCCUCAACCUCUCCAGCCUGGGCUGCAACUCGUCCGUCACCACGCUCAGCGCGCCGCUCAACUUCACCUGGCAGGACCUCUCCGUCGUGGCCGUGUCCUGCGUCGUCAUCGCGCUCAUCGUGAUCGGCAACACGCUGGUCAUUGUGGCCGUGCUGACCACGCGGCGGCUCCGCACCAUCACGAACUGCUUCGUCAUGUCGUUGGCCGUGGCGGACUGGCUGGUGGGCGUGUUCGUGCUGCCGCCCGCCGUGGCGUACCAGCUCAUGGGCACCUGGGAGCUGGGCUGGGUGCUGUGCGACCUGUGGGUGUCUCUGGACGUGCUGCUGUGCACCGCCUCCAUCCUGUCGCUGUGCGCCAUCUCCGUGGACCGGUACCUGGCCGUCACGCAGCCCCUCAACUACUCCCGCAGGCGGCGCUCCAAGCGCCUCGCGCUGCUCAUGAUCCUCGCCGUGUGGGUCAUGGCGGCCGCCAUCACCUGCCCGCCCAUCCUCGGCUGGUACGAGGCGGGCCGGCACAACAACAAGACGUGCCGCUACAACCAGAACAGCGGCUACGUCGUCUUCUCGGCCAUGGGGUCCUUCUUCGUGCCGCUGGUCGUGAUGCUGUACGUGUACGCCCGCAUCCACCUGGUGGUGAUGCGCCGCCACGACAACCUCAGCACCUGGGACUCGCGGCAGACGUCUCGGAAACUGCGCGAUGUGACCCUCGACGUCCGAUCGCCGGUGCCGUGCUCCUACUCCAGGGGGCUGUCGGGCAGCGGUUCCCUGGGUGCGCUGAGCACGGCGUGCCUGCCAGCCACGCCGCCCAGCAACGAGCCUGCCGACCUCAACCACCACCACCAUCACCACCACCAUCAUCACCAUCACCACCACCAGAACAAGCGGCCGCACCACACGUACUCCGGCGUGUGCGCGGGCGGCGGCGGCGGCGGCGGCGGCGGCGGCGGCCCCCGGGUCUCCUCGUUCCGGCGCGCCGAGUCCAAGACGGCCAAGACGCUGUGGAUGCUGGUGGGCGGCUUCGUGGCGUGCUGGCUCCCCUUCUUCGUGGUGUACCUGCUGACGCCCUUCCUGCCCGAGCACGCCGUGUCCAAGCAGCUCAGCUCCGGACUCACCUGGCUCGGGUGGAUCAACUCGGCGGUGAACCCCUUCAUCUACGCCUUCUACAGCCCCGACUUCCGCGUCGCCUUCUGGCGGCUCACCCUGCGCCACUGCGUGCCCAGGAGCAAGGCGCCGGGGCCGCCGGACGGCCUAAGGAAGUGAACCGGUCCGCCGGUCCUCGUCCGCCAUCCAGCCAAUCCAGCCCCCCGGAGUCCCUGGGUCCCCAGCCACAGCCUGCCACAUGUCGGUCCCGCCCAGGCGGCGCGGCGGCGCACCAUCUUAUAGUGACGAUUAUUCACGUUAUGGUGAAAAUUCCCCCACAUUAUGGUGAAAAUUCUGCAUUUUAUGGUGGUGCAGGGUGCGGCGCUACGCAGUACAAGUCUUAUAGUGAACAUUCAACAUUCUCCCUGGUGAGAGUUCACCAUAUUAUGGUGAAAAUUCUUUUGCUGUAAAAGUGAAGAUUCUCCACAUUAUGGUGAAAAUUCUUCAUGCCAUGGUGGUGCAGCUGACAUUGUGCUUUAGCUCUGAAAAUUCAUUGUACCUCAUAGAUAUUUUGUCGCAUUUCUUUCGUUUUAUGGAGAAAAUCUCCACCAUAACAUGUUGGCGCAGCCUUCCAUCAAGACGUUUAGAGUGUAACCCUCGCCCGAGAGGCUCUUCACCACCAGAAAUACUACAAACUCCAUGCUCGCUUCACUGUUGAGUACGUGGGGUAUCGAUGAGGUUUUUCUAAGAGAAGGUGGAGGCGCUUUUGAUCGUGUCAUUAGAUGGGCAGUGUUGAUCUCAUCGCGACGCUGUGGCGUUACCUGGAGUGCCUAGUCUGAUGGUUCCAACGUGCUUCUAGUCAUGUCUCUCGUGCUGGAUUUCGAUAGCUUUGUAGCUUUAUUCAUUUUGUUUUCAAGUUGCGUAUGUAAUAUCCUUGGCGCUGCGUCCAUUGUAGUGAUUUUGACCCUCCCCAGUUCCUAUGUCAUAUCCAGCGACCUAUUUAUUGUUUUUUUGUUUUGUUUUUUAUGAGUCGGCAGUUCAAUGCCCUGAUCUCGAGUACCUAUUUAUUAUUACGAUUAUUGUAUGAUUAUUAUUAUUAGUGAAGUAAGUUGUAUUUGAAGUUGCCGCCGCUAUGUUGCCCAAAUGUUUAGAUAUAGAAAGGAUCUUAAGAAAUUAAGGGAGUGAUUCCUCAUAGGUUGUGAUGAAAGGUUUAGUGGGUGCUUUGGUGAGUGUUUGUCAAUGAUGUGAUUUAUUUUUGUACACUAUUAAUUCCGUAUAGGUAGGUAUGUAGUUUACUUCUUUCUCCUUUCUGUGUGUAAGUUACAAAUGAAUCUAGUCAUAGUAUGUGAUUUAAACCCAUGGCAUUUAUUAGAUUUUUUUCUCAUAACAAGAAGAAGCUAUAUGUUGUCACUCAUUGCGUUGCAAAGUGACAAUUCCAUGUUUUUCAUGUAAUAGCAGCGUAUGGACAGAAUGUUGUAGAAUAAAAGUUCUUCUGUUUUGUAA